CGAUCUCUCGCAUAUAUGAUCAGUAGAAGGCUAUACCGUUUUUCCCACCUUGCUCUCGACGCCAUGUGUGGUGUUUCUGGCUGCUUAAUCUUUCUUAUCCUCCUUCUUGGCUUUUCUUCUAUGGCCUGUGGCAGGUGCGUCCACCGAUCCAAGGCUGGAUACUUCUCUUCUCUUUCUGCUCUUUCUGCUGGGACUUGUGGAUAUGGUUCCAUGACUUUGGGACUCAGUGGAGGCUAUGUCGCUGCUGCAAGCUCCGCUCUUCUCAGAGGUGGCGUUGCCUGUGGAGCAUGCUUCCAGGUGAGGUGUAGGAACACGAGGAUCUGUAGAGGAGGAGGGGUCAAAGUGAUCCUCACGGACCUUAACGAGAGCAAUGACACCGAUUUGGUGCUAAGCAGACCGGCUUUUGUGGCCAUGGCACGGCACUCGGCGGUCGGAGAGCUGGAGAAACUUGGCACUGUGGAUGUGGAAUACAAGAGGAUUCCAUGCGAACACACGAAGAACUUAUCUAUCAAAGUGGAAGAGAAGAGACGAAGUCCCAAUGUUUUGGCCAUCAAGUUCCUGUACCAGGGAGGUCAAACUGACAUAGGAGCAGUGGAUGUUGCACAGGAGGGUUCGUCCGAUUGGAGAUUCAUGAGCCGGGUCUUCGGCCCGGUCUGGAGCACGAGCCGGGCGCCUCCCGGACCGCUACAGCUCAGGAUGGUGGUGACAGGCGGCUACGGCGGGAAGUGGGUUUAUGCUCAGAGUGAGGCUCUGCCGGUCGACUGGAGAACCGGUUCGGUCUACGACUUGGGCGUGCAGAUCACUGACAUUGCUCGAGGGGUCGCAGCAAAAGACUGCAAGUGAUGGAUCCUGUCCUUGUUUUAGAAGAUCUAAAACACUCAGCUAAACCAGUUGUAAUCUUUGUUCAUUCAUGUAUCCAAUUCAGUGGGGGAACAAGAGAGCUUUUGGUGUUC